AUGAGCUCUUGGGUUCUGCAGCUGUUCCUCUCGCUGGCUCUCUUCGACCAUGGUGGAGCGUGCCAGCCAGUGCCCGUCCAGCCCCUACAAGCCUCCUUUGCCGAAGGGACCACUGCCAUCCUGCAGUGCCGCCUGGAGCAUGGCAAGAUCCAAGACUACCACGUCUUCUGGUUCCGGCAGAAGCCAGGCGACCGGCCGGCCCAAGUGCUGAAGCAUCACGACGACGGGCACAUAGACCGAGUUGGCGACUUUGGCACGAGAUUCGUGCCCAUCCGGGAUGCUGGUGCCAACGCCUAUGUGCUGCAGAUACAGGGGGUGCACACCGAGGACAGCGCCACCUACUGGUGCAUGGCAGAGACCAAUCACUUCAACACCACUGCCUCAGGGGCUGGGACGCAGCUCAUCAUCACGGGAGGAAAAUCAGCCAAGGAACCAGCCAGGGUCACCCUCUUGUCCGACGCAUCCGCCCAGAUAGCAGACUCCCCGGAUCUCCACGCCUUGUGCCUGGCCGAGGGAUUUUACCCAGGCUUUGUGGAGAUAAAGUGGAGGAUGGCUGGUAAAGCCAUCACGGAGGGCGUGACACCUGGACAGGUGAUCGUGAACGACGACGGCUCCUACAGUACCACCAGCGUCCUGACUGUCCCCCGCAACCGGCUUUAUCAUAAUGCCUUGCUCAAGUGUUUGGUGCACCACUAUUCUUCUGGCUCCAAAACAGAGAGGAGUCUUGAGCUGUGCUAG